CAAAAUAUAUAAUUUGUGUGAAGCUUGAAUCCAAGAGAUGGCAACUCGAAGAGCAAGUUGCACACAAUGUGGAAGGCCCGUGCUAGUGUCAAUGGAAGCCUAUUCCAUUCCCAUUGUUAUGUGUUAUGCAUGCCAAGGCAGAAACCAACCAAAUAAUUAUGCUUUUGUGAACAAUGUUGCACCACCCUACGUUAAUCAUCCUGCUGGUGGCUAUGGAUAUGGCUAUGGAUAUGGCUGUGGCUAUGGCUAUGGCUAUGGCUAUGCACCUAGGGCACCUAACCAGUUGCAUUAUCCUCAGCCUUUGCGACUGAGGGCACCACCACCUUCAUUGACACCUCCUUCUGCGCAUGGCAACAAGAAAGCUGUGUUAGUUGGCAUUAGUUAUGCUGAUCAGAUUCACAGCCUUAAAGGCUCUGUCAAUGAUGCUCAGAGCAUGAAAUAUUUUCUCAUUAACAAGAUGGGUUUCCCCAGUGAUUCCAUUCGCGUGCUCACAGAUGAUCCAGAGGAAAAGAACCCAUUGAGGAUCCCAACAAAGUAUAACAUGCGAAUGGCAAUGAGGUGGUUGGUUGAGGGUUGCAGAUCAGGGGACUCGUUGGUGUUUCAUUACUCUGGACAUGGAUCACGGCAAGUAGACACCAACAUGGAUGAGGUUGAUGGAUAUGAUGAAGCAAUAUGCCCCGUUGACUACGAGCACGAGGGCAAGAUAAUUGACGAUGAAAUCAACGCUACAAUUGUUAGGCCUCUCCCUCGUGGUGCCAAACUUCAUGCCCUUGUUGAUACGUGCUUUAGUGGGACAAUUCUUGAUUUACCUUUUAUGUGCAGGGUGAACCGAAAAGGUUAUUAUGGAUGGGAAGAUCAUAGACACCCCAGAUCUGGUUACAAAGGCACAAGAGGAGGGCUAGCAGUUUGCAUUUCAGCUUGUGAUGAUGAUGGAAAUGCAGCGGACACUUCGGCCUUUAGCAGUGAGGAAAGCUCUGGAGCCUUGACUUUCAGUUUCAUCCAAGCCAUGCAAGAUGAACCUAAUUUGACUUAUGGCCAAUUGCUUAAUUCCAUGCGCUCUACAAUCCGUGGAGCUAAAGAAAAAGAAUUUGGCCUAAACGAUCAAGACCAUGCCAUGAACACACGGCAGCAGUAUGCUCAUGAGCCACAACUUUCGUGUUCUGAGAAGUUUGAUAUUUAUUCAAAGCCGAUUGUAAUGUGACACGUAAUUGGUAGAAGCAUUGAAAAAGAAAAAAAAGAAAGAAACCAAGAGGAAUAGGUGAGGUUACAGCUUGUUAAGUCACACAUUCUUGAUAUCCUUUCUCGCGUUACCUGUAAAGCUAUCAGGUAUAGCUUCUACGUCUUUUAGUAUAUUGAUAUAUAUGGUUUAUGGCGUUUGUACCGGUGUUUCCAAACACACCGUUAGUCUUGUUGGCAGAAAAUGAAUAAUGUCAAGUUGGAAAGAGACAAAUAAAGGAAUGAUGAAGAGGUUUGGCUUCUAA